GCUGGGGAAUCCGGAGCCCCAAUCUCCCCAUCCGGGGACCCCUUUUUCUGAAGGGCUGGGCAUUAACUGAGAAAGGCCCUGAGAAGGAGACAGCAUCCUGCCCUCCUCCAGGCGGCCCAGGAGGGGGCCGGGCCCCAGCAGCGUCCGGGGGUCUCACGGGUGGGGCUGAGUGAAGCAGCCACCUGUCUGUGUCGCAGAGAGGCUGGGGUGGAGAUGUUUUCAUCUCGGUUUUCUGCCUGGUCUGUCCUCUCCUUCCACCAGGAGGCAGGGGACGGUUUUUGCACUUUCUUGCUAGGAACCUGAAGCCGCAAAGCUGAUGGCAUCCUCCUUCCCUGUCCAGGAAAGCGAAGCGACUGGUUUGGGAACAGAAUGCUCUAUGAUUUGGAGCUCCUCCCAUCCCAUUAAAGCCGGGAUGCUGUCUGAAUGUCGGAUUGCGCAUCCUAUUGUAAAGUGUACUUACUGCAGAUCAGAAUUUCAGCAAGAGAGCAAAACUAACACAAUUUGUAAGAAGUGUGCUCAAAAUGUGAAGCAAUUUGGGACGCCCAAGCCUUGUCAGUACUGUAACAUAAUCGCAGCGUUUAUUGGUACCAAGUGUCAGCGUUGCACAAAUUCAGAAAAAAAAUAUGGACCACCUCAGACCUGUGAACAGUGCAAACAACAAUGUGCUUUUGAUCGGAAGGAGGAAGGAAGGAGAAAGGUUGAUGGGAAGUUGUUAUGCUGGCUCUGUACUUUAUCAUACAAGAGAGUUUUACAGAAGACAAAAGAACAAAGGAAGAGCCUGGGAUCUUCACAUUCAAAUUCAUCAUCUUCAUCUCUUACUGAGAAAGACCAGCAUCAUUCAAAACAUCAUCACCACCAUCAUCACCAUCACCAUCGUCACAGCAGUAGCCAUCACAAAAUCAGCAAUCUAAGUCCAGAACAAGAGCAGGGACUAUGGAAACAGAGCCAUAAAUCCUCUUCAGCAAUUCAGAAUGAGACUCCAAAGAAAAAGCCCAAAUUGGAAUCUAAGCCAUCUAAUGGAGAUAGUAGCUCUAUAAAUCAGUCAGCAGAUAGUGGGGGAACAGACAAUUUUGUCCUUAUAAGUCAACUGAAAGAAGAAGUGAUGUCACUUAAGCGUCUCUUACAGCAAAGAGACCAGACCAUUUUAGAAAAAGAUAAAAAGUUAACUGAACUAAAGGCUGACUUUCAGUACCAAGAGUCAAAUUUGAGAACAAAAAUGAACAGUAUGGAAAAAGCUCACAAAGAAACAGUGGAACAACUUCAGGCCAAAAACAGAGAACUGCUCAAACAGGUUGCAGCAUUGUCAAAGGGUAAAAAGUUCGACAGAAGUGGAAGCAUCUUAACAUCUCCUUGAGAAAGUAGUUACUUGUUGAGUGUUUCUGCUUACAAUGUAAAUUUGGGGGAAAAAAAAUUCUGUGAAGCCCUUUCUUAAAUUCUGUGUAGUGGAAAAAAAUAUUUUUGAACGCCUAACAAAUUGGUGUGUCUCCCGUUCACUUUUGUAAUGAAACACAGCAUUUUUUAAGUUGUGGAACAUUGAAAUAAACUUCAACUGGUUUGAAGUAAUUUUUUAAUUAUUUGUAUCCAGGAACUUUUUUGCCAGCAAUAGUAUUAAACAGUUGUAAAGGAGUGCAUGAGUAGUGCUCUUUAUAAAAUGCAACAUGCAAUAAUAGAAUAGGUGUGGUCUCAAGAAGUCAAAGCAGCAGGGCUUUUUGUUUUGGUUUAUGUUUUACACUAUACUAAUUUCAGAUAAACAGUUUUCAACUUAGAAAUACAAAACUUUUAAACAAGGAAAAUGGUAAACACUGGUUUUGGGGGGGAAUUGUGUUUUUACUUUGCAUCAACAAGAAUUUAGUAGAGAAUUAAAUGGUGCUUUUGUUAAAUGAACUUCAGAGUAUAUGUAAAUAUGUUUUUAAAAGUUAUGUCAUUAGCAUUAGUAACCUAGCAUUUUCAUUGUUGCUAUAGGAAUUAAUGUUUAUUGUACAGUAUUCAAGGUAAAAUGUGUUUUUGUUUUGUAAAAACUACUGUAGAUUUUUACUUACAAGUGCCUUUUUGCCACCUAAUGUUUUUAUUUAUAGGAAUGCUGAUCUCUUGUACAUAGUUUGUUUUAAAAUCAUGUUUAAUAAGUGUUUGUAUAUAAUGCAUAUGUACAGAAGCUUAUUUCAAAAGGAAAUCAAAGUUGCAUUUGAGGUAACAUUAAGAACUAACUGAUAAUGCAUAUAGAUUUUAGAACACUUUGUGGUUAGUUUUAUGUGUGGAAAGGGAAGCUGUUGGUCAUUGAAUUCAUUUAAUUCUGGCAAAAUACUUCCCCAAAGAUAUAAUUUUAAAUCAUUUCUGAUAGAGUAAUUUUAUUUUUUAUGUCAUAUGGUUUCAUUUUCAUAUUUUGUGAGUUACAUGUUUUACUCUUUUUAAAUAAGAUUUAUGAUAUUUCUACAAUGGUCCAUAUAUCUGCUUAUCCUAUAAUGUGUGUUUAUCUAAGUUAAUAUUUAUGUACACAUACUUAAUUUGUAAAUUUAAAGCAACUCUGGAAGAAAUUAAAUAACUUUUUAAUCCAAUCAGUGAUUUUCUUUGAAUAAAUUGGAAUGUACUAUAAGAUUCAGGUACUGUUUAUAAGUAAAUUGUCUCAAAGUCUUUAAAAUUGUCUAUGAAAAGUAAAGGUAGGGUGGGUGAAGGUAAGUUAUGUGAAGUUAUCGAUUAAUUGUAUUCUGAUCCAGUGGUUUUCAGCCUGUAAUGGAAUUGAUCUCCUACUUAUUAUCUGGUCAGACAGACUUUUAGUUCAAUUUUAAAGCAUCAGGCAUUGCUAAAUACACUGUAUAGAGAGUAAAGAGUUCCUUCUCUUAGGAAUUUUUGGGCAAAGAUAAAUUUGUUUCAAGUAAACAGUUAAUAAAUUUACCAGUUUUGAAAGUUUUUGUUUUUAGAUAAAUAUUGAUUAUGAAUGUCAUAUCAAAGAUCAGCUUUCUUAAAAAUACAUGUUGAUUGUAACAAUUCUUUUUAACAUGACAUUUUUCAGUAGACUAUUCCUAUACUUGUUCACUAUGAAGUGAUACCAAAUAAUUCUUUGUCCAAUUUGGAAACAUAAUCUAGUGUAAUUUUCGAGUGAUAGUAAAAGAUUGAAUCAGUCAGACUUGGAAAAAUUAAACUAGUUUAUUUUUAUGAGAUCUUCAUAUAAUAAUCUUCUUACAUUUAGUACUCUCAACCGUGAUAGAUAAUGCCUUAACAUGGAUUUUAAUGUUUUCUAUUCUGGUUUCAUAGCCAUUAGUCUGCAGUGAUUGUUGUGCAUUUUAAAGUAAACCAUGUAAUAGUUUGUAUACCUUGUGGGAGGUGCUGCAAAAAAAAGUUGCCCCCACACCAUUUUAGCUAACAUUAAAAUUGAAAAUUGGUCUAAAUAAGCUUUGUAAAUUCUAAGGCUAAAACCUUUUAGGGGCUUCACACUGUUUAGUCCUAAUUAAAUACCCUGUCUUUAUUCCGUGACCUGAUUUUAUAACUUACACUUUUUUUCAAUUGCAUAAACUAGUAAUUGAGUCCCAGUCCUGAAUCUGUAGUAUAUUGAUAUAAUGAGCUGAUACUCUUUAUAUGUGGACCUGUAAAGAGAUACUAUGCUGUGCUGUAUUGUGCUUUUUAGCCUGCUUUCCACUAUUAAUUAGCAUUUACCAGUGAGGGUUGUUUGGGCUCAAGUUAUUUAUGUAUUAAUAGCCUGUGAAUAUUGCAGUCCUUUUUAGGUUGUAUUGGUCUAAAUAUGCAUUCUCCAGUGAACUGUUAAGCUGUUCACAUGUAUAGACUGUUGAAAUACUGUACUUGUACACAUCUGACUGUUGACAUUUUGUACUUUUUUCUAAAUCCAAUAUUUCACAAUAAAAUUUGUCAAAAUCUUA